CUCUGUGAUAAUUGUGCUGAGGCACUUGAAGGUGCAGUGAUUUUAAAUCUUAGGAUUUAAAAAAAAAAAAAUGUAUCGCUGUGAAAUACAGCUUGAUAAGUAAGCAAAAAACGUAAGCAAAGGCAUCUGUUCAUUGCCUCACAAUCAAUUCAAAAUUCCAUUGUGCCUCUCCUUUCAUUGUACCUUUUCUAUUGUGCUACUAGCUCACCAAGCUACCUCUUUGUGCUUUAGUCAUCACUAACCUGUUUUUAAUACACUUGCUGUAUUUAUUCAUUAAAUUCCUCAUUUUUUGUCAAAGGGACCCUACUUGUAAUAGCUUCUUUGGUUCUUAGUGGGAUAAUUAGCACCGAGCUGUGUGUCUAUAGGUAGAGAGCGUAUCCUCUUAUACUCCUGAAGCCCUGUGGACAGGGUUGUUUGUGACAUUCGAGCGAGAAGGUUGUGAACUGCACCUUGAAGUCUCUCUACUCAAAAAAACAGCAGCACUGAUGCAAAUGCAAUGUAGAAUUUGCCGGUUUAUGUCAUUUUACAAUAUUACCUCGGUUUCCUAUUGUUCUUCUUAACAAAAAGGAAGAAUAAUUAAGGUUCCUAAACCUGUCAGUUGUAUUUUGGAUUUCAAUAUCUUAUAAAUGGAUUUUAAACUAUAAACUUUGAUUCAAUCUAAGGAUCUUAUUUUUUAUUAAGUAAAUGAAAUGUAAUAUUAUUGUAGGUUUAAUUGUGGUAGUUUUAGCCCUGAAUUAAUGUUUUUGUUUAUUUUUUUUGAAACUAUAAGCAACUGAAUACUAUCUGGGCAUAAUAAGUAUUUAGUGACUAAAGGGCUGUUGUUUAGUAGUUAUAUUUCCAAGUCCAGGGAGAAAAAUCAACCGAGCAAAAUUCUUUAAUCUGUCUAUUCAAAAGGCUGAAAGUCUUCCAUCUCUGUCAUUUCCAGGGGCCCAUUUCAACAGGCAUCAGCACAACCAUGCUACCUCCUGCCGACACUUCCACCUUGGUCCCCAAACUCAAAUGUCUGCCGACUUCCCCCUGCCCCCCCCGAGUCAGUCGCAGUCGGCCAUGAUGGCCCACCUGCCCCCCGCACACCAGCACGCCUCACAGCUGCACCAGCCCCUCACGCCUCUGCCGACCCAGCAGUUCCAGGACGUCCCGGCCCCCCCCUUCCUACCUCAGGCCUUACACCAGCAGUACCUCAUUCAGCAGCAGCUCCUGGAGGCCCAGCACCGGCGCAUCCUUCCACACUCCAGGAGAACACAGGAGCGAGUCCCCCUGCACCCACAUCGGCUGCGCUCCAGCUAUGAGUACGCCCCUUCACUGCACGUCCCUCAGCCAAUCCCGCAGCAGCCGCGCUACCUAGCCGAAGGCACCGAUUGGGAUCUGAGCGUGGAUGCAGGCCUGCCUCACCAUCAGUAUCAAGUGCAGCAGCUCCCACAGCAUUAUCAACAUUACCUAGCAUCUCCCAGAAUGCAUCACUUCCCCAGAAAUAACUCAUCAGCACAAGUGGUUGUCCAUGAGAUCAGAAACUACCCUUAUCCCCAGUUGCAUCUACUGGCCCUGCAAGGUUUAAACCCCUCUCGCCACGGGUCUGCAGUGCGGGAGAGCUAUGAGGAGCUGCUGCAGCUGGAAGACAGGCUAGGAAAUGUCAAUCGAGGAGCCGUACAGACCAUAAUCGAGCGGUUCACGUUCCCUCACAAGUACAAGAAGAGAAGACCCCAGGAACUGAAAAUAGCCAUGGAGGAAGAGGAGUCCGACAUAGAUGAGAAAUGUACAAUCUGUCUCUCCAUGCUGGAAGACGGAGAGGACGUCAGGAGGCUACCUUGCAUGCACCUCUUCCACCAGGCGUGUGUGGACCAGUGGCUGGCCACCAGCAGGAAGUGCCCCAUAUGUCGGGUGGACAUUGAGACCCAGCUGACGCCUGACAGCUGAUGUUUCACCCCUCCCCCCCCCAGUCC